AUGAGCGAGCUCAGCGAAGCCAUGGAUCAGAUAUCGCGAAGCUUUGAACUUAACAGCACCACCACCAGUGCCACCGCCACCUCGACCAGUCUGGAGGAGGAGGGAGCGAUUACCGAUGGCAUCUUCGUCCAAUGCGAAGGACCGUGCAAGAAGAAGGUCAACCCGAAGAGGGCCAAGGUGUUCGGCAAGUGUGAUCACGUUGUGUGCGAGACUUGUGUCAACACUGAGCCACGGGCUUAUCAUAUUGUCGGUAAGGGUUUUUGUAGGUUUGAGGGCUUUUUUGAGACUUUUUGGAAUUUCUUUUAAUUUUUAAAAUUUUUUAGUUUUAAAAUUUUUUAAAAUUUUUAAAAUUAAAAAAAAUUUAAAUUUAAAACAAACCUACGAAGCUGGGCCGCCUUCCAAGCCGUAGCCAAACAACAAACGCUAUAUUAAAGUACAGCUGAUUUAGCGCCCGAGCUUGGCUGUCCGAAUCGUCGUUGUCUGUUGGACAGUUUGGUGGAGACCUCGAUGAAUGAGAAGGAACGCAAAGCCCUGAUCGAGGCCUCGCUUCAUUGCAAGGAUUCGCCGGAAAUGAUUCAGGAUGGUAGUGAAGAGGUGGGUCAUUUUUGAUUAUAUUGGGGGGGGGGAGGAUUUUUUUGGUUUUUUUGGGGGGGGGGGAGUGGAAUAAAAAGCCUUUGGUUACUUUUACCCCGCCUCCAUUACCCCUUACCUCUACUUCUCACCCCUACCUCUGCCCCAAUUCCCCACCUUUACCUCCUCUACCCCUACUCUACCCUUCCCCCUACCUUUACCUUUACUCUUACCUGUUUUCUACUUCUACUUCUAGUCUACCUUCUACCCUUACUUCUACCAUUUUCAGAUUCGAUUGAUCUACGUGCAGUUUGCGUUCCUGUCAGCGAAGGGGGAGGUGAAGGAUUGCUGGUCGGUCGAGUGCCAAUCCAACCAAACCAUCAAAGAGACGCUGGACUAUGGCAUAACGGACUCGAGCUUCAACGCCAAAACCUUUGACACGUAUUUUAUGCGCGGCAAUCACGAAGAGAUACCCGGCCACGACCAAUGGGUCAAGCUCACCGAACACCAAGACUCGGACAAUUUGAAGCAGAUUGUGGACAACGACGACAACACCUUGAUCAUAUUUCAAGAGAAAUGA